AUGUUCCAGAUCCUUACUAUGCUGUUGCUGGAAACACAGCUCUCCGUGGUUUCAGCUUUAUUUACAGUUGAAGUUCCUCAACAGCUGUAUGUUGUGGAGUAUGGGAGCAAUGUGACCAUGGAAUGCAGAUUCCCUGUGAACGGCUCGAUAAACCUAGGACUCCUGACUGUUGUUUGGGAGCAAAAAAGGCAGGGCCAGUCGAAAUCGAAAGAGGUGUACACACUCCACAAUGGGAAGGCAUUCCCUCCAUCCCAACAUCAUGAUUACAUAGGAAGAGCCACACUGCUGCACGGUGAACUGAAACUGGGACGAGCUAUCCUUCAGAUCACCAGCGUGAAGAUCACAGAUGCAGGAUCAUACCUUUGUCUCAUUGACUACCAGGGCGUGGACUACAAGUACAUUACUUUGGAAGUAAAAGCAUCCUACAAGAGAAUAAACACUCAAGUAAUGAGAAAACCAGGUGAAGACAAGUUUGUUUUUAUGUGCCAGUCAGAAGGCUUUCCUCUGGCAGAGGUCUUCUGGCAAAAUGAGAAGCACUUCAAUCUCAGUGGAUCUACAAAUACCACCUAUACGCUGACUGCAGACGGCCUCUACAAUGUCACCAGCAUCCUGACGUUCAAACCAAAUACGAGUGAGAACUACAGCUGUGUGUUCUGGAAUAAAGAACUGAAUGGAGAAACUUCAGCUCACAUUUCCACUUUAGCUUUAAUGAGUACACAGUAUAGUGGACAAAAAUCCCUGAUCUUAUUUAUCGUCCCCACGUGUGUGAUGGUAGCUGUCCUUCCCUCUGCACUAAUAAUCUUUCGAAAGAGAAAAUCAUUCAAGAAUGGGCAACGCAAAAAAGACAGGAAAAGAAAACUGAACCCUAACCUGAAAGAUGAGAACAGAGAUGAUUUUAACUCUCAAACUGAGGCUUUAUACUUGUCAACUGUCACAGCUUCAAGAGACAGUGGGAGUGUGGGUCUGUGA